AUGGCGACACCCAACUGGCUUACUGAGGGUGUUUUCACACUGCUGUCAGUUAUCCGUGAAGCAAAUGCCACCCCGGCCCAAACUGGACCCGUCAGAAGUCACCGGCAGCUAUCUGAAAGGAACGGGCCCUGGAGGACAGGCAAUUUUGGACAUUGGGGUUUUCAAAAUAAGAUAUGUUCCUACAUUCUCGGGAAAUCCAGGCAAUCCAUUAACAAAACAAACUCGGCGGUCCAACUCAUUCACAAGCCCACAGGAAUCGUUGUCAAAUCUCAGGCGACGAGAUCACGCACGCAGAACCAAAAGAUAGCCAUGGGUAUCUUAGCGGAAAAGGUCGAGCUACAACUAAAGGGUGAGCAAAGUCGGGCUGCUAUUAAAGCUGAGACAAAGAAGAAAAAGAAGGCUAGUAGAGAGAAGAAGGCACGGAGGAAGUACAGGAGAUUGGAGGAAGAGAAGAGAAAGCUUGGAGUGGAAGCGGAAGAGGGAAAGGAAAAGGGAAGUGAGGAGGUGGACUCGACAGAGUCGGAUGAGCCGGUGGACGGCCAUGAAGGAGAGAAUCCGGAUAGGAAGGAAAGUGGUUUUGGAAAGGUAUGGACCAUUGACCACUUUUCGCAAAAAUCACAUCUCCCUUUUCCCAGCUUUCAGCAGGGCAGGGCAGGGCAGGGCAGGGCACCCAAAGGCCAAUAUUUGAAGUCUGGGGAGACGGGAGAUAACAGCCAAUCACGUCAUCGAUGCUAUGGUGCUAUUCGUCUACUGAUGUGCGGCGUGACCAUAGGGGGAUCAACUUGGCAUGUAGAGCUGCUGGUAGCGCUCACUAUGUCGAAACCCCAUUGGAUUUUGUCCCGGUUGGUCUUCCAAAGCAAGGAGACCUACGAAGCAACAGAUCUAAAAUAUACAUACGUAUACUCCUUGAUUAAGAGCCCAGUUAUCAAAAUCCAGAUGAAGUAUAAAAAUGUAACAGGACGGCAUGAAAAAUGGAUUCCAGUACACGUAGGCACUGUCUCUACCUACGUCACCCCGCAUGACCAAUCGAUCAAACUAACUUGCGGCACCCCUUACUCUGGUGGCACGACGAAGACUUGCAGCGCGUGUGGUGCGACGUGGUCGACCAGUCCCCGCUCUCCUGAGGAUUGGCGGAUGGCGUAUACGGCAUAUGCUUGA